AUGGGAAAGUCUGAUUUGAAUCCACAAACGCCACCCAAGAAGAGAGUUCGGCCAAUCUCCAACCCUCUCUACGAUGAUGAUGAAACUUUCUUCUGCAAUAUAAUCACUCAUCAUCAUCUGCGCCCAGGAGAACAGUUCCCAGCUUUCCCUCGCCUCUACUCUGUAUCCUUCGAGCACGAGGCAAGAUUUUACCUGGAAUGUCAAACCUUCUACGCCUUUACUUUGGAUUCCAUGAAUCCAGAGGAAUCUAAGAAAUCUACCAAGGAUGCACCUUCUCCUUGCCAAGUUGUGGUUCGACCAAAGUCUUACAAGAAGCCUGCUAAAUAUGAUAUUCAACCAUUGCCACCAAUCGAUGAGUCCAGCGAAUCUAUCGAAGAGAGAUUGGAACAUGCUGGGCCUUCGGUACCUACUCAGACGAUUGCUGGGUACGAUAUUGACCAUUCCAAUGAUGAUCUAUCAUCUUCUAUGACAUCCUCUCUACAUCUAGCUGUACCUCCAACCAAUGGAACCCUAUCGUUGAGGAAUUUUCAUCCUCCUGUCCCUCCAUUAUCUCCAAUGUCACAAAUGAUUCAAGACCUUGAAAAUUCACCAUCUGGAAUACCCGCAGACUCAAAUUCAAACAAAUCACUUGAUACAAUCCACGGUAACGAACCGGAGACACCAAUUGCUAAUUCCAAUGGAAUUGCAUCAUUUGGUCACGAUGGAAUGGGCGUGAUUAAUAUUCACCCCAUUUCAACAAACCCCACAGUAAAAGGAUUUGACAGUAUUCUACUAACUUCACGAUUUCCCAAUCUGUUAUACGACGCUCAGUUCGACAGAUAUAUCAAGAAACCAAAUCCUGAUGAAAAGGAAAGAGGAUCGAGACUCAAUGUGGACCUGCAAAUCAAUGGUGUGUGUGCAAACGCAGAUGGGGUCGAUGUGAAGGGAGAGAAGGGAAAGAUUAUGGGUAAAUUGGUUGUACUUCCAGAGGUGGCAAUCAUGAAAUACACGACUCCUGAGGGAGCAACGGGAGUGAGAUCUUUAAGGAUGAAGCCGCAAGUUCAAGAUAAUGGCUUAUACCGAGUAGCCAAAAAUGCAACGGGAAUUGGAGAAGAGGAAGUUGACGCUAAGAAACAUGUGCGAAUGGCUUCAGAGCCAGAACGAAUAGCAACUCCAGGAGGAGCAGAUCAACCAAUUGGCAGAUUGAGAUCUGAUACAGAACCAAUCAAGAGAAUUUCAAGACAUCCGUAUGCGAAUAUCUCUCGAAGAAUAGAAGAUUCCCUGAGUUCACCUCGCCAGGAUUCGCGUCGGAGAAAGGCUGGUCCUAUCUACUUACCAGCUUGUACCGAGAAUGAUGAUACGAAUUCAACUAGACUCUUCAUACCCACCAAUACACGUACACGAACGCCAUCUCCAAGAAUCCGUCCGAUUCGUCCACCGCCACCGACGGAUCGUCCAUAUCGUUAUAUCAGUCAACGAUCCGUAGACAGCAUACCUCGUGUCGAUAAUCCACCAAGUCAAGAUCGUGGUUCGACUGGAGAUGAUCCUUCUCCAAUUGUGGUUGAUAUCACUUCUUUUGUCCCGCCACAAACAACCAUCGCAUCAUCUACUAGUCGUCCCGAAAGUCCAGUGAGACAUAUAUCCUAUACCCUCAACCUCCCCCAAAUCUUCUCCUCCCCAUCACCAAUCGCUCUACCAUCUAAACCUCUUUCCGCAGUUCCCGCUACUCCCAUCACCAAUCCCAAUCCCAACUCGCAUAUCUCAUCUAUCUCUAUCUCCGACCCACAAAUAGCUACCGCCAACUCAUCCAUAUACUCCAUCUACACCCCCGAAUCCUCUCCCCACAGCAGCGGCGUUAUCCCUCCCACACUUUCCCGAAUCCCCAGUAUUCCCUCACCUCCAAAUACUCCAAAGGCCUCCCUUUUUCGCUCCAACACAGUCAGCACAAUCCCCAGUACCCCCACUAAAACAGAUACCGAUACACAUACUCGACACAACACCAAUUCCACAUUCGCCUCUAGCAUAUCAUCACCUAACAAUAACCCCAAUCCAUCACCCAUAAAACCCAACCCACGUCCCAGCCCUCACACCCACACCCGCACCCUUAGCCAAGAAAGUAUCGCAUUAACCGAACAUCUAGUACGCGAAGGAAUCUACGGCGGCAUCGUCUACGACAUCUCCACCACCAAAUCCCCAUCCAAAUCCCCAUCCAAAUCCACAUCCCAAUCCACAUCCCAAUCCCCAAUCAGCAAAAAACCCCAGCCCAACAACCCCAACCCAUCUCCCCACUGGCAACUCACCGCCUCCCAACUCCGCCGCAAAAAAAAACGCGCAGCUAAAGUCCUAAGCGCCUCCCUCCGCAAACGAGAAAAAGAAGCGCAGCGCGCUCAUCAUGUUUCCAGAAAUCCCUUGAAAAAUCAUUCAGAGAAAUGUCUCUGGAAACUCGGACUCAGAGCAAAAACGAGGAAUGUGAAAGCGGCAGUGCAGAGUCAGAGGGGUAAGGUUAGUUAUGUGAAGAUUCGGGUGUUUUUGAGGAGGUUGGGGAGGGGGGUUCAGGUUAGGUAUCAGGGGUUUAGGAAGAGGGUUGGGGAAGUGGUGGUGGCCCGGGAGAGGAUUUUGGGGGCGGUUAGGCCUGAGAGGUGGAGGGGGGGAGUGGGGAUGGGGGUCGGGGUGGGGGAUCAGUAUGAUUUUGUUUGUAGGGGGGAGAGUGGGAGUGGAAGUGGAAGUGGAGAGGGAGAGGGAGAAGGUGAAGAUAGGAAUAAAGAUAGAAAUAGGGAUUGGGUAGAUGUGAGGGACAGGGAACCUGAGAGGGCUACACCGGGCAUGGAAAUAAUAGGAUAA